AUGAGACUCUCGAUAGCAGUUGCCGCCUCCCUCUGCAGCCUUGCCGCUGCACAUCCCAAGGCCGAUGCCUACGUCUUCCGAUCUGGAUCUCCCUCUCAACAUGACGACCGUGCCCCCGAGCUCUCCAGACAGCUUACCAGGUUGAUCCUACAGCAGCGACUCGGCGUCGACCAGCACUUUUCAUCGCUCAACGAGCUGUCUUCCCUGCCUAACACUGACGAAGCUGUUUCCUAUAUUAAUACCCUUGGCCGGUCGCAGGCGCCUUUGUUUUCAGAAAGUGGUUCGGAAAGCCCUUCCCAGCUUCUCAUUCUCCUCGAGGGAUUAGAGGAUGGUGGGAUGGAUGGCAUUCUUCCUGGCGUCAAGAAGACCUUCACUAUCGAUGAAGCCCCCAACUCUGCGGCGAUCCGAAAGCUUAUAGAUGGAGAAUUUGGCACCGUCGGUGUUCGGGAGAGCUCCUGCGAGUUUGGACGAGCUAUCAAUCCACUUGAUGAGAACUGCUGGAGUGGCCAGUCCUCCAUUAUCCGAUACGACGUCAAGAAGCUCCCCGCAAUUCUUGAGGCCGUCCAAAAAGCCACCCCUAAGCUCCAGCGGUACGCCGAGUCCGGCGAGAUGGAAACCACCAUCAUCCUCUUCCCCGAAUCGAGCCGCAAAUCCAAGACCAACAGCUGGUCUUCCCAUCCCAGCGAACUCCGCCGCCGCCAAGCCGAGGCCGUCCUCCUAUCCGGAGACCCCCUCCCUGAAUCCUCCCCCGAGACCGCCAAGCCCAAGGCCCCGUCGUCCUCCCAGGUCUUCCCCGGCACCUUCCAGCGCGGUACGAUCCCCAACUGCUUCCAGUCGUGGAACAGCUGCAUCACCGCCACCAAGAACUGCUCGGGCCACGGCUUCUGCGUAGACAAGUGGUCCAACGAGAACACCCCCGAUGGCUCGGAGCCUCCCAAGACCGACGACGCGGUCUGCUUCGUUUGUUCUUGCAAGCGCACCCUUGAUGAUCAGAAUAAGAUUACGCGCUGGGCUGGAGCGACGUGCGAGAAGAUUGACGUCAGCACUCCCUUUGCGCUCUUUGCUGGAUUCACCAUCAUCAUGGUCGCUGUCGUAGCUGGCGGCAUCAGCCUUCUUUUCAGCGUUGGCCAAGAGCCUCUCCCGGGUGUCCUUGGCGCUGGUGUCUCGAAGAGGUAG